GGUAAGCCCGCUUAGAUCCCAGGGUGACUGCCCAUAAAGGCAGCUGCCCCUGUUCCUCCUCUCCAAUGGAGCCUGGAAGCAGGAGAGACAGCAUGGCGGCUGCGUGGGCACGGGUGGCAGCUCUGCUCCUCCUGGGGGUGGCAGCCUGUGUGGCCAGGCCGCAAGGGCGGAUUCUAGGUGGCAGGGAGGCCGGAGCCCACCUCCGCCCAUACAUGGCCUCCAUCCAGAUCGACGGGCAGCACGUGUGUGGGGGCUUCCUCCUGAACGAGUGGUGGGUCCUGAGCGCAGCCCACUGUGCGGAGGACAUAUCAGAACAGGCGACGGUCCAGGUGCUGCUGGGGGCUCACUCCCUGUCCCAGCCAGAGCCUUCCAAGCGUCUCUAUGCCAUCCGAGGCCUCUUCCCACACCCUGACCGGAACCCUGAGGAAGGCCACCACGACAUCCUUCUCAUUCAGCUGGCAGAGAAGGCGAUCCUGGGCCCCGCCGUGCAGCCCCUCCAGUACCAGACGGUGGACCGGGACAUCCCCGGGGGCACCCUCUGCUCGGUGGCCGGCUGGGGCAUCAGCAGCCACACCCGACAGAAGCCGGACUUGCUACAGGAAGUGGAGCUGCCCAUCAUGGAGCGGGCCGUGUGCAAUCAGCGGAUCUAUCACGACAAUGAGAUCACGGCCCAGAUGAUCUGCGCGGAGAGCCGCAAGAAGGAUGCUUGUAAGGGUGACUCCGGGGGCCCCCUUGUCUGCAAUGGGGUGGCUGAGGGCAUUGUGAAGUCGGGCACCCGAGUAUGCGGGAACUGGAAGAAGCCGGGCAUCUACACGAAGAUCGCCAGCUACGCGGGCUGGAUCCAAAGUAUCGUCAUGUCUGCAUGCUGAGGCUCCCUAGGACUCCCGGACAGGAAGGGAUAUCAGGCACCCCAAGGGCCCCCGACCUUGGGAGUCAGCUUCAGUCUUUGAGGAUCUCUAAACACUUAACAGACAUUGCUUCCGAGCCCCGUAUGACCUUGGAGCCCCUUAGCAUAAAAAGGCCCUCUCAAAGGGACCGCAGGGUGAUCUGAGGGAGAGAAGAGCAGAGAAAGGUGGUGGGACUGACUACUAGGAACCCCAGCUCUGAGUGGGAGGAGGGAGCCCGGAGACUCUCAAUAAAGCUUUGGGCACUAAA